AUGUCUCUAACCAUUGUGUCCCAUCCCGAGAUCCCAUCCAGGAAGGCUGUAAUGACCAGCGCAGUUGAGUUUGAUGGUAAUAGCUUUCAUGCUUCGCUACUAUUGUUUGACCCCCCUGUCUCCACACUUCACGUGAUUGUGCGAAAAGAGCCCUUUGAGGAAUUCGAUCGAUUGGUGUGUGAAGCAAGUGGCGAAGUCAGCGCAACCUACGGAAUCUGGUCUCCUCCAGCACAGCCUGUGGAGAUAGUGCAUACGGGCGAAUGGAAUGUAAACCAUGAUCGUUCGUCGGAAGGGAAAAUAAAGUACGAAAUAUCACAUAUUAUCACCAUAUUAGGUUGCCUGAGCCCUAAUGACACCCGCCUGUCAAGAAAUCGUUCAGCUAUACCUGGAUGCCAUGCCAGCUGGAGGGAACACGAGGGCUGGGAUACUGCCAGGUUGCCCAAGCCUAGACAGGAGAAGUCGGGGGGCAAAGAUCGGGACAGUACGACUUUACCCCCAGACCGCCUCGUAGCACGAUUACUCGUAGUACGGGGUCUCGCUGCUCUUGGUCUGGCUGCUCCCCUUUGGCCUUCCUGGCAUGGUUGCACCUUGUGGAACGAAGUUCCAGCCAGUGUAACCCGCGGGAUCAUUGCAGCACUGAAGCCCGACCACCACCGAGCACUUACUACCGGGAAUAGCCGUACACUAUACCAAAUAAUAGGACCCAUUGUGUAUAGGGAAGCAGCAGAUAAGCGAAAAAGAUGGCUGAUUAACUCGCAAAAACAUCGACUGGAAUGA